GAAUCGGGUGAAAGAGGAACUCGGUGGUAUCGCCCGGCCCUGCUGAAGGCUGAGGGGCCUGAGAAAGGAGGAGUCAGGCCACUUCCUCUCUACGAGCUGCUGUUGGUUUGCAUACAGUUCCCCUGGAGGAAUGCUCGGUAUUUUAGGGCAGUGAACUUGUGCUUUAAUUUUUUUUUGUUUUUCUUUUUCGUGUCGUUCCUCGCGCGUGCUGUGAUGAAGAGCCGCUGAACCGAUACACGGAGCUGGAACAGCCGGUGACGAUGAGUCGCGCGCUCAAUCGUUGGAGCGGAAGUUGUUCAGGAGGAGCGCGCGGGGCUUUUUCGUAGCGGCCCGUUAACGGCGCUGGCGCGCGCGUACACACACACACACACACACACACACGCCGUCAUGGGCCAAACAUCAGUGUCCAGCCUGUCUCACGGAGCCACUGUGGAUGGACUGGAAAAAUCAUCUCUGGCCAACUGCGAUGUGGUAGUCGGAGGUUCGCAGUCCGCUCAGCUGAAAGGGAAAGGGAAACUCUCCUCUCUAGGCAAAAUCUUCAAACCCUGGAAAUGGCGGAAGAAACGAACCAGCGAUAAGUUCCAGGAUCUUUCCAAAGUUUUGGAGAGGAAAAUUUCCACCAGACAAACGCGUGAGGAACUCAUCAAGAAAGGGGUUCUUAUUCCAGACCAGGAGGAUGCAGUAAGCACAGAGAAUCUUAAUGGACAUGCAGUCCCUAGUGGAGUUACAGAAGAGGUCAAAGUGGACAUUGAGUCCCCAGAAACUUCUGCUGAGGAGAAGACUGUGAUUACACCAGAGGCUGAAGACACAGAAGAGUGCUCUAGUCCUGCCACCACUGCUGUAAAAAAGAAAGAAAACAAAUGCAGCCCACAGGCCAGCACGUCUGGAGCUCAGAGAUCCGCUGCUAAAAAACAACAGGCCGCAUCCAGCAAGGCCUCGAACGGGGCGACUGGCGCAGGGGUGAGGAAGGAUGGCAAGACAGGGGUUAAAAAGGUACAGAAGGGCACGAGUAAACAGGCUUCCGUUCCUCCACCCAAACAAAACACACGAACCACAGCUCGUGGGAAUGCCAAAUCCACCACGCCUAAGAAAACCUCUGGCUCAUCUAAGAGUUCCUCUCAGGCCUCUUCAACACCCAGCGGGAAAAAUGUAAAAGAUGGUUCCUCUGAACUGACUCCAGCAGAGAAUAAGACUGGAAAGAAAGGCAGAUCACCUCAGCCCCGUCCAAAAGCCUCGUCUGGGUCUGAAAACCCACCCGAGGGAAACUCUUCCACUAAAGACCAAAAACAGAGCCGAUUGGUCGCCGGUUCGGAUGGGAAGUCCGUAAAGGAGACGUCUCAGUUCGGUGAAGGUGCUAAGCAGUCUGAAUCGUUAACGCAGGAGAGAAUCCAGCCGGCUGUCAGCAAAAAUACAGAAGAGACGGCAUUUACAGAACCUGCACUUUCAUUUGAGACACCGGGAGAACAUCAAAGCACAGAGAAAGUAACCGAGGACACGAGGAUUGUAGCAGAUGAAGAUAAAAAAGCUGAAGGAAACAGGAAACAGCAGGGUGUCAAUGUGGAAAGUCCAGAAGUGACCGUCAUCCCUGAUGCCUCUAAAGAUACCACUACUAGCGACUCAGACUCGGACGGGCCUAUACUCUAUAAAGAUGAGGAAGAGGAGGACGAUGAGGACGAAUACACAUCCAGCUCGCUUGCCAGUAAAAUCCGCCGCAGAGACACGCUUGCCAUCAAACUCGGCAACAGGCCGAGCAAGAAAGAGCUGGAAGAGAAGAAUAUCCUUCCGAGGACGUCAGAGACGGAGAGACAGGAACUGCGGCAGCAGAUAGGCAGUAAACUAGUGAGGCGACUCAGCCAGAGACCCACCACUGAAGAACUGGAGCAGAGGAACAUCCUGAAACAGAAAAAUGAGGAAGAGGAACAUGAAGCCAAGCAAGAAAUUAAAAGGCGGCUUUCUCGGAAGCUGAGUCUCCGGCCCACAGUCGCUGAGUUAGUAGCACGGAGGAUCCUUCGGUUUAACGAGUACGUGGAGGUGACUGAGGCAAAAGACUAUGAUCGGCGUGCUGACAAACCAUGGACCAGGCUAACACCUGCAGACAAAGCUGCUAUACGCAAGGAGCUUAACGAGUUUAAAAGCAAAGAAAUGGAAGUUCACGAAGAGAGCAAACAUUAUACCAGGUUCCAUCGUCCCUGAGAGGCUGGAGUGGCGCCCACACUGUUCUUCCCCUCUCUCUCUGUCUCUCUUUCCCUAUCUCUCUCCCCCUCUCUUCCGGUUCUUUCACUUAAUUUUCCACUGUGGGGCUUAGACCUAAGCUCCAUGUCACACACUGACACAGUGUUUCUAUAACAUCAUCUAAUGCUUAGGUGAAAUAGAGGACAGCUGAAAUGCCAGCGAGAGGGACGUCUGUGCAAGAACAAACAUGAACAGGUGCCUUACUGUGUCCCUGGCUUUGUUUGCACACACUAAGGACAAGGAGACUUGUUUUUCUCUUUUUUUUUUUUUUUUUCUUUUUUUUAAAGAAGGAUAUCCCAGUAUGCCUCAGGACAUACAGUCACAUAUAAAGUAACUUCUCAACACACCAUUCUGUACGUCUUUGUGCUGCCGAGGACAUGGGCCUUGUUUUCUUUUUUCUUUUUUAAACCAUGUGACUGAUUUUAUAACAGUGUUACAGCGUGAAGUCCCUUAUUACUUGUGAAUAUUCAUGCAUGUGGAAAAAGCAUUUUAAAAGGCAUAGUCACCCACUGAAAUCCAUUUCUAUGAGAAACUUCAAACAGGAAGUCUUUUACAUAAUUAAAAGUGUUUGUUCAUGUUAUUAUUAUUAUUAUUUGUAUUAUUAUUACUCUGCUGACUGGUAGCAGGUGUAAAGGAACUCUCAAAUUAGCUUUGUGCCUUUUUCUAUUCCAUUCAAUAAGCUCCAUUCGAGCAUAUGUGGUGCAGAUGGUCUUUAGUUUUCAUAGCUAUACAGUCUUAUGGUUAACAUGUUCUCUGAUUUGGCCUUUAGGCAAAAUGGGCUGUACAUUAUAAACGCUGUAUUGAUCACGACAGGGCUGAAUUAUCACUCCAUUAUUCCAGCUGGACUCUCAGACUAUGGGAAAUUCUCAACCAUUUAACAUGCUGUGUUUACACAGAUGCUUAUAUAUGUGUGUUUAGUGCUCCUGGUGGUUUUCUCCUCUAAUAGAGCCUCAUUUCUUUUCUGCACCACUUACUUCUCAUUGUAUUUAAACGGGUGGGAAAACUCCAGGUCUGUUUUGCUGCUGCAAGCCAUAUUGCAUUAAUAUCGUGAUAUGAUGUGGGAUCAAUUUGUUUGCGUUACUAUUAUAAGACGACAUUACCACAAAUGUACAUGUGCGAAGAGGUCGCUAGUAUUGUUUUGUCAGUGCAAACAGGUAUCAUGGAGAAAUAUUUAAAUUAUUUUUAAUCUGCUGUUGUACAGAAUGUGCAUAUGAUACAUGUAAAUACAUUCAAUAUGCCGUAAAA